GCCGCCACACUUUUGUUCUUGGAAACAGGGGAUUCUUUGCUCCACUUUCUUGUCUUCUCCAUUGCAGAUCUAGGUUCAAGAGGAAGAACAAGGUGUGAUUCUUCACCCUUAAAGAGAAAGCGGUCCAAUUAUCCCGGCGGUGAUUCCGUGUUUCUUCAUUGGCGCCCACCGAAUCAAAAUCUAUAUCCAAAAAAAAGGUCACACUUCAUUUUUUCUCUCUCUCUUUCUAGAUCUGUGUUCUUCGUGUAUGCUUAGCUGGUUCAGACUUUGAGAUCUGUUCCAAUGGAGCUCUAAAAGAGGGUUAUUGACAACAUUUCAUAGAUCUGUUCUAUCGAAGUUCAAUAGACCAGAUUUACCUUUUUGGGUUAAAUGCAAAUACAUCCAGAUCUGUGUUCUUGAGAAAUCCACACAAGAGAUUGUUUCAGAUCUGGAACUCACACUUUCUUUGCAAGAAAGGUAAGAGCUGAUGACGUGUCAUUAAUGGCUCCAAAUCUCAUUUUUGUUUCCCCCAAUCUAUCUCGGUUUCUUAUUUCUUUUCUGGAAUAUACAUGAUUUACCGGAUGAAAAGACGACCAAAUCUGAGUUUGUUUUUAAGUAUACAUCACGUAUUCCGUCAACAACAUUCAGAUUUGCGCUCAUAUAGGCUCCAAAUGCAAAAUCAAAGGUCUAAAACAUCUAGAUCUGUGCUUGACUGGUCUAUGGUUAGCAAUGAUGAUCCAUGGAUAACAACUAAGAAUAUUGUGAAGAACAUUAUGGGGAAAGAAUAUCAGUUUUAUUAUUAUGGGACUGGAUAUGAAUGUGAAGAUAGAGGUGAAGGAUAUGUUCCUCACGUGACCGAUUGGAGAUUUCACGGUUUCUUUUACUGCACACAAAGAAACAUGGUUAUUGGUGUCAGAUUUGCGGAAACUAAUAAGAAGUUGUUACUGGAGCAAGUGGAGGAUGAGGAUGCUGAUAAAGAAGAUGUUGGAAAGAAGAGAAAAGUGGAUAAGGAGGAGGAGGAUAAAAAGAAGAGAAAAGUGGAGGAAGUGGAUAAGGAGGAUGAUGAGGAAGUGGAGAAGAAGUUGUUACUGGAGCAAGUGGAUGAGGAGGAUGCUGAGGAAGUGGAGAAGAAGUUGUCUUCAUUGAAACUAUUAGUGCUAGAUGUAUAUAUCAAUUAUAAUGUCUAAAUCUCAUUCGUUUCUUCUUCAAACCGAUCCGAUUAUUGUAGUGUUGUGUUUGAGUUUUCGUGUGUUUUUGAGAUGUAUUGGAACUUGAUUUGAGUGUGAAUUGUUUGUUUUCGUAUUGUGAGAGAUUGUUUCCUGUUAUUCAAUUGUCUAUUCAAACUGAUUUGUUAUUGUGUAA